CAGAGCGACUGAGCCCAGAUACAUGCAGGAGGGCUUCUUAGUGCUCCAGGUUCUGGAGUUGCAGGUAUCGGCACAGGACGUGGAACGUGAGCAACGCACGCAGCUGAAGCGCUGGAAGAAGAAGCGCGGCGAGCCCGGCCCCAAACUCCCUCAGAGAAUGCACAGUGCUCGCGCCAUCAUGGCCACCGAGCCUCAUACACAUCAAGACCUCUGCCAGAAACCCACCAUUAUGGUCCAGUACCCAUCGAUCCCUGAGCCGAACCUCAGGAAGAAGAGAGGGAGCCUGAAGAAAAACCAAGCCCUCAUUCCUAACCCCUACGCUCUACCUGGCGAGUCUAAACCUAGUCAGAUAUUGGACAUACAGCUUCUGAACCAGGAAAAUCUAAAUCUUGUACUUCCAAAUCCACCAUCACAUCCACCACGCCUCCCUACAAUGCAGGAAAAUCAGGUCAAAGAGACGAGCACUUCUACAGAGCGACUCGUGCAUCAUCCUCGAAUUCCUCCAUCGAUAAGAAACCGGCGGAAUCUAUCCCUCUGCAACACCUAUCCCUCCUAACUGCUCCUGUACACGGAUCACCUUCAGCGUGGCAUCCUCACCUGCUGAAAUGUCCUCCUGUCCAAUCCAGAGAACCUGACCAUGAUGAGCUCCCUAAUAAUACAGAAAACUCAGCCACCAUUUUGGAUCCAUCUACAGACUCAAGCCCUCUGCUUACGCACAACACACCUGCCACCCACGACUCGCCUGCUGCUCCUGAGUACAAAAACAACGCUCUGCGCAACUCCAGACAGAGCAUUAACAGCUCAGAGGACACGUACUUGUAACUCGCUCACUGUCGCUACCUGGUGGUUAGGAGGAACAGGAAGCGGAGAAAUAUUUACAUUAUUUUUACAUUCAGAAGCUAAUUUGAGUUAGAGCAGGGGUUUGGUUUUUGCAUAACCCAUGUUGGUUCUUAACCUGGGACAAUUUACGCAUUUAAUCACUCUUAAACAAAUGAUUUGUCUUCAGAUCAAAUUUACACAAUUCACCCCAGAGGCAAUUCACCCCAGAGGCAAAUUUGCAAACUUGUAUUUCAUUUUUCCUACAGGAAGAAACUCCGAGAGGUCAAUUAAGGGUCAGUGGAGAGUCAGAGAAAAUCCCAGAAAAAUACUGUAUCCUCAGCUGCCAUCUUAGUGUCACUGCGGUGCUGAGAAUGCUCCACCACCCUAAUGAACCCUAAUGGUCUAAUCAGUUUUCCUUUCCAUUAAUGGAUGGUGUAGAGAACGGCUAACGAAUUGUGCCUAGCAUCAGACGAGUUACAGUCACUAGUGUACUUCAGUAACGUAGAUUUACACUCUGACUCGCCUUAUGGGACCAAACAAAAUACAUUACUGGAACUUUGACAUGCGUGUCCCUAAAUCUGAUGGGAAGUGGAGAGUCACGCUACUGUAGGACCAACUCUUAACUCUCAAAUCCAGAGCAGAAUGUGAGGUUCUGAGUUUUUUACAUCUGAGGCUGCUCAUCUGAGGAUCUACCUGUGAAAGCUCUGCAUCUGUGGCUCUACCUCUGAGGUUCUAUGUCCGAGUCUCUGCAUCUGAGGCUGUAUAUCCGAAGCUGUACAUCUGUGGCUGUACAUCUGAGGAUCUCCCUCUGAGGCUGUUUGUCUAGGACUGUACAUCUGUGGCUCUGCGUCUGAGGAUCUACGUUUGCGGCUGUGCACGUCUGAGGUGUGGGGGCAGUCCGUCUGAGGCUCUGAGUUCAAGGCUUUACAUUUGAGGCCCUUCCUUUGAGUCUGCUGUCUGUGUUUCUGUCACGCUCUCAUUUGGCUCAAACUAGGCACAACUGUGAAUUUCAUAAUAAGUGAUGUUUGUUUCAUAAUUUUGAGCCAGUCAGAUCGUGGUUUUGUUUUUUAAAUUAAUUGACUAUACACUAUGUUUUUAUUUGAGCUAUUUUAUACCAGUGGAUUUUUUUUACGUGCCUGCAUUUUGUUUAAUUUCAUUUUGGAAGUGCCAAAAGUCUUAAAUCAUAGUUUAAUAAUCAGAUAUGUAAACAUGGCACUAAUGCUAGACCAAGUAUUGCUACAUUCAGUUCAUUCCAACUUAUUUUUAUUCCAAGUUAGGUAAUAAUUUUAUCACACACACACACGUGAUUAUCUUUUUGCCCUAAUCUUCCACCACUGCUAUGUAGACCACCUCUUUCUGAACUGAAAGCAGGGGUAUUGAUGAUUUUUAAAAAAUUUUUAUUGUGCGUGUUAAACAGUGUGAUACGUUGAGGAAUUGAUUAUUGGCACACGUCUACUGAAUAGCAAGGCUCGUUAAGUCUUUAACAUGUUAUAGUUUACACCGGAGUAACUGCAAACAAUCUGAGAAAGGGAGAAACCCGUGAGCUACUAGAGGGCACACUUUCCAAAAAUGUACACACACUCCACAAAAACUCUGAAGUGCCUGAGGAGUGUUUACUCGCUCCAGUCUUCAGAAGGGAAACUACCUACAGAUUCACUUUUGAAAGACUUUCACAGGCAUCACAAACAUUUGUUUAUAUUACACUCGUAUUAAUUUGGCAGAUUUUUUUUUUCUUAAUCCAAAGCAACCACCACUUCUUUGUGUUUGUAUUUCACAAAUUUCCUUACCACAUCUUACAAGAGCUGCACGACAAUCACAACAAUCCUAUGCAAUGGGCACAGCCUUUUCAUUAACAUAAUCUCAAUGAAAUAUCUACUCUGUCUGUAUACUUUACGCGCAAACAAAACAACUCAAGCUGAGAACUUUAUUGCUGAUUCACUUUAUACCACACCGCCUUC